AUGAAAGUGAACUUGGGCAUUGGUAUAUACCGAGAUGAAAAUGGAAACUCAGAUAUCCUACCGGUGAUACGUCGUGCUCAAGACAUGUUGUCGAACGAAUUAAUCCAAACUAAAGCUUAUUUGAAUCAUACCGGUCUCGAAGCCUAUUGUGAAAGCGGUUUGACAUUAGUGUUAGGUGUUGAUUCUGUAUGCCGGAAGGAACAUCGUGCAUGUUCCGUGCAAGGAAUGGGUGGUACAGGAAGUCUUCGAAUUGGUGUUGACUUUCUUUUUCAAACAGGUUUCCGGAUUGCAUAUGUAUCAACUAAUCAUGAAACAAUAUUGAAAGGAGCUGGUUUUGAAAUUAGAGAAUAUCGAUAUUGGAAUAAGAAAACCUUCAACAUCGAUUUUGUUGGAUUACUAGAAGAUUUAGAAGACGCACCUGCCAAAAGUGUCAUCUUGUUACAUGCCUGUGCUCACAAUCCUACGGGGUGUGAUCCAACUAAAGAACAAUGGCAGCAGAUUGCUGAAAUUAUUCAACGAAAACAUUUAUUUCCAUUUUUCGAUCUAGCAUACCAAGGUUUUUCAUCGGGGGAC